CUCUCUCUCCGUCGCCGUGUUUCUCCCGCUUGCCGCUAAAUCUUCUCUCGGUCUUCUUCGCUCAUCGCCAGCUCAACGUCAACGAUCUCUCCACACUCACUUACUCUCUCUCUCUCUCUCUCUCUGCAAUUUCUCCUGGCUUCUCUCUCUAGCUUCACUCCUGGGAUCGCGCCCGACCCACAUUUCCUGGAUCCGUGAAGUGUCCGGCUGCAUUGUGAACUCGAGCUAGGGUUCUACUCUCCUGAUUCUUGCCCGAGAUUCGAACUGGAUGCAGAGACAUGCAAUGUUCCGGCUUUUGUGGAGGAGUUGAUGGAGGGCUCUGUCGGUGCGUCUGGCUGUAGCAUAACCCGGAGUGGGUGCUGGGCUAGAUGGGCCGGGUCGGAUUCUCGGAAUGGUGAUUGGAGUUGCGUGCUUGAGAUAGAAGAUGUCUGCUUUUGCAUUUCUCUUUCUUCUUCCCCUGUUCACUCUAGUUCCUACUAGUCUUGUGAGGUUAGAGUCGACCAGUGCAUCGUUUGCUCCGCUAUCAGCACCCCAUAGAAAGCAUAUCAAUCCUUCUAUACUUGUACCAUCUUCUUCACCGGUGAUUCCAGGUCCUGUACCCAGUCCUGUUGGCAAUAAGUGGCGAAAGCAUCAUCACGGUCAUCACCAUCCAGGGAGUACCCGACCAGCAAUUUCACCAGCUACUGAAUCGGCCUGUGGUCAGAUCUGUUCGCCUCCAUUUGCUUCAAUUCCCCUCCUUUCAAGAUGUGAUUGCGUGUUUCCGAUGAAAGUGAAGCUCGUUUUAGGUGUAUCACUUUAUGCUGUAUUUCCUGUUAUUAGAGAACUUGGGCUUGAGGUUGCUGCAGAAACAUACCUAGACCCUCAUCAGGUGGUGGUUGUUGGAGCAAGUGCUGAUAGUCGAAACCAGGAAUGGACGGUGGUUGAUCUUAACUUGGUUCCUUUAGGGGAGAAGUUUGAUGACACCACUGCUCAGCUCACGUCUGAAAGAUUUUGGAAAAAGAACGUAACUUUAAACCAUACUUUAUUUGGUGAUUAUGAGGUGAUGUCCAUUAGCUAUCCAGGGCUGUCUUCUUCUCCACCAACUGGCAGUUCUAAUGGUCCAAGUUCAAGUUCGGGCACUCAUCAGUUUCCUGUUACUGCUGAUUUAGUGGAUACGAAUCAGAAAUUGAGUCCCAGACUGAUAUUUCUCAUAGCUUCAUCAGCGUUGGUACUCCUAGUGAUUCUUUGUGGAGCCAUUGUUAUCAUGCUAAAAUGCAGGAGGCAAGGCAGACCAUCAAGCGCUGUUGGUCCAGCUUUCGUUCCUUCUCUAAACAAGAGAUCCGGAAUGGGCUCUAUGAUAUUUAGUAGCCCAGCAAGCUCAAUGUCAGUGUCCCUUGCUUCUGCAAUGCCUUCAUCUGUUCUUUCUGUGCGGACAUUUGCACUUGCUGAGCUUGAGAAAGCCACCGAAAAAUUUAGUUCGAAACGAGUUUUAGGGGAAGGAGGGUUUGGACGUGUUUAUCAUGGGGUCUUGGAAGACAACACAGAAAUUGCUGUCAAAUUGCUCACAAGGGGCGAUAAUCACAACGGAGACCGUGAAUUCAUUGCUGAAGUUGAAAUGCUUAGCAGAUUACAUCACCGUAACCUUGUGAAAUUAAUUGGCAUAUGCAUUGAAGGACGGACACGCUGUUUGGUUUAUGAGGUUGUUCCAAAUGGAAGCGUAGAGUCUCAUUUACACGGUAUAGACAAGAUGACAUGUCCUCUAGAUUGGGAUGCACGGUUAAAAAUCGCUCUUGGUGCUGCGAGGGGACUAGCUUAUCUUCAUGAAGAUUCUAACCCUCGUGUAAUCCAUCGUGACUUCAAAGCAAGUAAUGUUUUGCUGGAAGAUGAUUAUACCCCCAAGGUCUCAGAUUUUGGGUUGGCAAGGGAAGCAACUGAAGGAAGUCAACAUAUAUCAACUCGAGUCAUGGGAACUUUUGGGUAUGUUGCUCCAGAAUAUGCAAUGACAGGACAUCUACUUGUCAAAAGUGAUGUAUACAGUUAUGGGGUUGUGCUACUAGAGCUGCUUUCGGGAAGAAAACCGGUUGAUAUGUCCCAACCACCUGGGCAAGAAAAUCUCGUGACUUGGGCGAGACCUCUACUGACCACAAGAGAAGGUCUUAAGCAAUUGGUGGACCCUUCCUUGGCUGGAAGUGACUACGACUUCGAUGACAUGGCAAAGGUGGCAGCCAUUGCUUCCAUGUGCGUUCACCCAGAAGUGACUCAAAGACCGUUCAUGGGAGAAGUCGUCCAGGCACUUAAGCUCAUAUACAAUGACGACACAGGCGAAGACGACGGUUGUAGUCUAAAGGAGUCUUCACUUCCGGAUUCUGAGUACAAAAAUGGCGAUCAAAUCCCUUCUGAUAGCAGUUGGUGGAAUGCGGGUGCAAUGACACCUCGGUUAACAUAUGGGAUUGCCUCUUCCUUCAUGACAAUGGAGUACAGCUGUGAUCUGUUAGUAGACAGACCAUUCUCAUCCUCAAGACUGGUAACCCAUGGGAACAGAUCAGGCCCCUUGAGGAGUGCCAGGGGUAAUCCUAUCUUUUACAAACCAAGUGGUAGUAUGAGUGAGCAUGGCGGUGCACUUAUUCCGAGACGCUCUUGGAACAACAGAAAUGAGUAUGAAGAAGCCUCUUUCUAGAGGGGGGGGGGGGGUCAGUGUGCCAACAAUGUACAGUGCUGGGAAGGACCACCAUUGUUGUUGCGGAAAGGAACAGAUGGGUUUCUCAGUGUAGAUUAGGAGUGUUUGGAAUUGCCGCGAUUUCUAGUGGCCCCUCUCUGUCUUCUAAUUUUUGGUGUUCUUUAUAUUAUUAAUUAAAUAUUACUAUAGCCUACAUAGGUGUAAGUUGAUAAGCAGGGAAACAACUUAGUGUAAAUUUAGUCGAUUUACUUCUUUGUAGUUCAAUAUUGGAUUGAACUAUAUUAUUUCACAUUUCUUUUUUCUUUUCUUUUGUGCCAAUGAAUGUUUCUUAACUCAUGGAUCGGAGUUUACCUUGAAUUAAGGUAAGAUCGACACCUCGUGUGGAUUGGGAUUUAUGAAUGUAAGCAAUAAUUCUAUUCCCUCCAUUUGGGAACAUAUUUAUGAAUUGUUUUUACGUUU